GGAGUGCCGGGCAGCGAGCGGGUGUGCAAACACAGGCGGAGCGGGUGUGUGCGCGGCUGAGAGCUGAGCGAGGGGCGUGUGCGGGGGUCCGUGUGGGUGCGGAGUGCGCGGAGUGCGAGUCGGGCUGCGUGUGUGUCUGCCUGUCCAUGUGUGUGUCUGUCUGUGUCUGUGUGUGCGUGUGCGCGCACCGGGGGCAGCUCCCCACGUGGGGCUGACGCGGCAGCCCCGGCCCGAUCCGGGGCUAUAAAGCGGCUCGGCGGCAAGCGAGGCAGAGCAGCCGCGCCCGCCCGCAGCCCCCCGGCCCCCGGCGCGCCGCUCUGCCCCGGCCGGCGGCACCGUAGGACGCGGAGCAGCCGCGCGGAUUCGGGCGCGGCGCGGGUGGAGCCGGGGCGAAGGGCGGGGGUGUCCGCGCAGCCGGGGUUGAUGUUUAACCUGGAGCGCCCGUUCACGGAGAGGGGCCACUUCUUCUCCUCCAUGGAGUACCAGCGGCAGCUGGAGGAGGAGGAGGGCUACCCCCCUCCCGGCGCUAACGGGACCUUCAACGACAGCGGGGCCGGCCCGGGCUGGGGCAUGCCGUACCCUCUGCACACCACCGUCACUCUCAUCAGCCUGGCCAGCUUGCUCAUGCUCUUCACCGUCUUUGGCAACGUCCUGGUCAUCAUCGCUGUCUUCACCAGCCGGGCGCUCAAAGCCCCCCAGAACCUCUUCCUGGUCUCCUUAGCCUCAGCUGACAUCCUGGUGGCCACGCUGGUCAUCCCCUUCUCGCUGGCAAAUGAGGUGAUGGGCUACUGGUACUUCGGUAAAGUCUGGUGUGAGAUCUACCUGGCCUUGGAUGUGCUGUUCUGCACCUCCUCCAUUGUGCACCUCUGUGCCAUCAGCCUGGACCGGUACUGGUCCAUCACACAAGCCAUCGAGUACAACCUCAAGCGUACCCCGCGACGCAUCAAAUGCAUCAUCUUCAUCGUCUGGGUCAUCUCAGCUGUCAUCUCCUUCCCACCACUCAUCUCCAUCGAGAAGAAGAGCGGGCAGCAGGCUGACCAGGGGGUGGCAGGGUGCAAGAUCAACGAUGAGAAGUGGUACAUCAUCUCUUCUAGCAUUGGCUCCUUCUUUGCCCCCUGCCUCAUCAUGAUCCUGGUCUACAUGCGCAUCUACCAGAUAGCCAAGAGGAGAACAAGGGUCCCGCCGAACAAGCGGGCAGAGCGCCCCGAGAAGAAGCAGAAUGGCUUGACUGACAAGGAGGACCUGCCAGCCACAGCGCAGCUCAAUGGGGAGAAGGCAGCAGGAGGCAGUGGCGGGCAGGAGGGAGAGGUCAAUGGCAUAGACAUGGAGGAGACCUCUUCCUCUGAGCACCAGGAGAACAACCAGUGUAAGAAGUCGGAGAGACCAUCGAGAGGAAAGACCAAGACUAAGCUGAGCCAAAUAAAGCCCGGGGACAGUUUGCCCAGGAAGACUGAGGAGGAGAGGAACACCAAAGGGUCCCGCUGGAGAGGCAGGCAGAACCGGGAGAAGCGCUUCACCUUUGUGCUUGCAGUGGUGAUCGGGGUCUUUGUCAUCUGCUGGUUCCCCUUCUUCUUCACCUACACGCUGACGGCCGUCUGCGAGAGCUGCUCCGUGCCCGACACCCUCUUCAAGUUCUUCUUCUGGUUCGGUUACUGCAACAGCUCCUUGAACCCCGUCAUCUAUACCAUUUUCAACCAUGACUUCAGACGGGCUUUCAAAAGGAUCCUCUGCAGAAUAGAGAGGAAAAGGAGUGUUUGAAGGACCCUUUGCUACCGGCAGGACUAACCAAGACUUUGUAGGAGUGGAAAGUACGUCUCCCUUGGGCUCUGCUUGCAUGGGAUGGUUUCCUUCAGCUCGUGAGCAGGAAGCCUUUAAAACCAGAGAUGAGCCUGUGGGAGCACUGGCAGCAGCAGUGAGGAGCAGCAGGCAAGUGGAGGUCCGAGCUGUGGCAUUCAGCUUGCCAGGGGAGGAUGGCCUUUGACUUUCUUGGUUUAUUUUGUUAGUUUUUAUUUUCUUUUGCCAGAAUCUCUCAGUGGAUAUUCUCAUGACUGCUCAGUUUGACUCUUUAAAGGCAAACAUUGUGCAGCUCUGCGAGAUGAACAACAAAGAGGGAGUAUGCCACACCAGAGGUGUUGGCUUUUUUAUUUUGUUGUGUCUUUUCCCCCCCAUGUUGUAUAUGUAAUGAAUUUUGACCCCCUUGUAAAAUACAGUAUUGUAUUCUUGAAUGUCUUAAUUUUUGUAAGGCAAGCAGCUUUGAAACUGUGAAUGCUUUAAUUAUCUUUGAUACCUUAAAAGUCUUUCUUUUCCUACCCCCUGCAAAGCCCCUCACUCAAAACCACUGAACAACUAGAGCCAUCCCCCUACCUGACAGUUUGAUAAUAUUACCAACCCAAAUUCCUUUUUUUUUUUUCCUUUUUUUUUUUUCUGUAAAGCUUAGGAUCACAGACCUCACCAGACUGGCUGUUUUUGUUGCUAUAUUUUUUAACAUCAUACCUGUUUCUGUUUAAUUUCUGUGUUGCCUGUGACACAACACAGCUGAGAUGGCAACAGCCAUCUCGUUGCUCGUGAGAGCAGAGCCCGACGGAGCGGCGGCUUUGCUGUGCAGGCAGGGAUGUCCCAGGCAACAGAGACUGUCUCCCUUGCAACGUGAGCCUUGGGACCCUGCCAAGCUCCCCACGAGUUAAUCUUGUUUGGUAUUAUACCACUCUGCAGCACUGAAAUGUGUUCGAUGCUCACUUGCUUCCUCCACCUCAACUGUAAAUAGGUAAUGUUUCAAAGCAAACAGCGGGGCUCUGCAUAUCACGUUAUCUCAUCUGUGCUGAUUUGUGAUGGCUUAACUCCUGCAGGAUUUCCUGCAGAGGGGAAGGGGUUUGUGCACAGUGGCCAUUCGUCUUUCUCAAUUAAGAAAGUGUUCCGUUUUUAACCUGCCAGUCUCAUCUUUCCUAGGAAAUAGGGAAGCAUCCCUCUUUCAGUCUUAUACAAGGCAAAACUCUGAAAUGGGAAACUUAACUUCCAGUUUCUCCACUAUUUUAUAGUGUAAUUAAGCUUUCCUUUUUUUUUUUUUAAAUCCAAGUGUAAAUAUUGUGAGGUUGGAGCAGGAGAGAGAGUUAAUACUGCUUUUAAACUCUUUCCUGAAAUGGCUUUCAGCUCUUUGUGCUAAAAAAAUCCAAAACAAAAAUGGACAGAACAAAUCUAACAUCCUUGUGCCAUGAAUAAGUUUCUGGAGAACAUUUAUAGGAAAAACUUUUGAUUUAAUACAAUAAACAAGUAAAUAAAUCUGCAAGUCUUUUAAUGUUAGGAAAACAGCUUUAUCAAAUGCUGACAAGUCACAGAAAUGGUUUGGAGAAAGCAAAGUUUGUAUACGUUGAAUGUAUAAAUGAAUUUGCCUUCUCUGGAGUUGUAUGGUACACAGGAAGAGACUUUAAAAAUACAUUUUUACUUUUGGGAAGUGUUUUGUUGAUUUUGCUCUCUCUUUUGAAUUUCUAAUUAACUCCAAGUGUCCCCGGAUGCAUCUUGGGACUUGGAGAGCAGUGUUUACAUUCACUUGCAUUUUCAGAACUGAAUCCUCAAGAGGUGAGGAAAGCAAAUAAACUGUGCUUUAAUGUAAAAAAACAAAACAAAAACAAAACCAAACCACAAGCAGAAGUUGCUAUAAUGGAUGAU